AUGGCGACUCCCGAAGAAGAUUACUCUUCACUACCUCUUACCGAACGAAUUACACAUAAGGUUUGGAAGGUUAGAGUUGGUGCAUAUGAAGAACUUUCAAAAAAAUUUUCACAGGCGGAUCCAUCACACGAAAGCGAGUUCCGACCUUAUGACGGCUUUUUGAAAAAUAUUGCAACAGACGCUAACGCUGUUGCUCAAGAGACCGACCUAAUUAAGACUAGGGGUUCUAUCAUACCCGCCGUUGUUGAAAAAGGGUUCGGUUCUUCUCGUUCUGGAACAAAGAGUAAAGCACUUGAACUUAUUUAUACAUACAUUGAAGUGGUGGACUCAUUAGAUCAAGUAGCAGUGGUAGUGGAAGAUGUUCUUGGAGGGUUAAAUGCCAAACAACCUAAAAUAGUUGCUACAACUGUUCUUGCACUUAAAGAAAUCAUAAGGCAUUUAGUAUUAUAUGGGGCAAAAACAGUUAACGUAAAACCAAUUCUCAAAACUUUAUCAAAAAUAUUUGGUCAUACCGAUAAAAACGUUAGAGCGGAGGGAACGGGAUUAGUAAUAGAACUUUAUAAAUGGCUAGGUCAAGCAAUUAAUCCACAUCUACAGGAAUUGAAACCAGUUCAGGUGAAAGAAUUAAACGAAGCCUUUGAAAAAUUACCGCAAGAAAAAGUUACACAACAACGAUUUUUACGGUUACAAAAAGAAACAGAGGAGGCCGAAAAAGAUGAAGAGGCCGAAGCCGAAGAAGAAAAAGAGAUUGACGUUUAUGAUCUAGCAGAACCUGUUGACGUAUUAUCAAAAAUCCCCAAAGAUUUUUAUACACAAUUGCAAUCCUCAAAGUGGAAAGAUAGAAAAGAAGCAUUAGAUGGUCUACUUGAAAUUUGCAAAACACCAAGGAUUGUAGAUAAUAAUUAUGGAGAAUUAGUUGGCGCUCUUACUAAGCGAAUUUCAGAUUCAAAUAUAUUAGUAGUAACGUUAGCCGCAAAUAUUAUAGAAGCUUUAGCAUUAGGCUUACGUGAAGCAUUUGGAAAGUACAAAUCAACGGUAACGGGUCCGAUGAUAGAAAAACUCAAAGAAAGGAAGCAGAGUGUUGUGGAUGCUUUGGCGUCUGCAUUAGAUGCGAUAUUUAAUUCCGUCACGAUAUCUGAUGUCACUGAAGAUAUUGUAGCUGCAGGGAAGCAUAAGAAUCCGCAGGGAGAAAUCAAAGCAUUAAUUGAAAUGAUGGUAAAAGCCUCCGAGGAUAGUUUUGAGCCUGUUCGUGUUUCUGCUGCAGAAGGUCUCGGUACUAUGAUGAAAGUUAUCGGAGAGAAAGCUAUGAAUCCUUUUAUAGAAGGACUUGAUGAUAUUAAAAAGGGCAAGAUUAAAGAGGCCUUCGAAAAGGCAGAAGUUAAAGUUAAGGCUACAAAUGCAAAGAGACCACCACCUGCAGCCGCUCCAACUCAAACGCCUAAAGCUAAGCCUGCUGCUAAAGUUGGAGCUAAAAAAGAUAAAAAAGACGAAGAAAGCAAAAAAGAUGAAAAAAAAGUGGCAGAACCUCCAAAAGCUUCUAAACCAGCUAUACAAUCUAAAAAAGCUGCCAAACCAUCGGCUACUUCUGCGCCAUCGAAAAAAGGUACUAAAGCUAAGGAAGAAGAACCACUGAAAUACAAAUUCUCAAAUGAGGAAACUGAAUCAAGAUUUGCAGAUAUGGUUCCGGAAGAGCAGACUGCUGAUAUGGGUGACAAAAAUUGGAAACUUCGUUUAGCAGCAAUUGAAAACCUUUAUAACACGCUAAAUGAAAUGGACCCCUCUAAUAUUGAAGCAGAACUAGUAGUUCGAUUUCUUGCCAAAAAGCCUGGAUGGAAAGAAAGCAAUUUCCAAGUAUUGUCCAAAGCAUUCAAUAUAAUGGAAUUAAUUGCUUCUAAGAUACCAUCUUUUGGAAAACCAGCGGCAGCUCUUGCUAUUCCUGUAUUAUUGGAAAAAUUGGGUGACAUUAAACUCAAAAAAAGCGCUGGAGAAACCUUAACUGCAUUUGCUGAAAAAACAUCUCUACAAUUUGUUCUUGGACAAUCAUAUGAGCCACUGAAAAAGGCUAAAUCUCCAAAAGUAUUGGCUGAUAGUUUAACGUGGUUUCAUAGUGCCAUUAUGGAAUUCGGGAUUGUUGGAGUUCAAGUGCGAGAAUUGAUUGAUUUCAUCAAGUUCACAUUAACUAGUUCUAACGCGGCUGUCCGUACUAAUUCUGUCACCGUCUUGGGAGCUUUGAGGAUUUAUGUUGGUCCAGAUAUUAGGACAUUUGUUCAAGAUUUAAAUCCUACACAACUUGCUACAAUUGACGUUGAAUUCGAAAAAGUUGCUGAUCAAGCCCCUCCACAGCCUACAAAAACAAGCGUCGAGGUAGCAAGCUCGGGGCGCGGUGGUAAUGAUGCGUUGGAUGAGCUUUUCCCAAAAGUUGAUAUCAGUGCACAAUUUACUAGUAAAAUGAUGACUGAAGCAAAUGAUGAUAAAUGGAAAACACGAAAAGAGGCUCUUGAGCAAGUCCUUGCUAUUGUGGAUGCUAACAAGAGAAUUAAACCGAGCUUAGGUGAAUUUCCAUCAAUUCUUAAAUUACGCCUUGCUGAUAGUAAUAAGAAUCUUCAAAUGAUGGCACUGGACAUUUGUGGCAAGCUUGCAACAGCAAUGGGCAAGCCUUUUGAUAGAUAUACAAAGAUGUUGGUUGGUCCUGUGACAGCUGUGUUAACAGAUCAAAAAGCUACUGUCCGUGGUAGUGCUAUUGGUUGUUUAGAUUGUUUGGCGACUGCUAAUGGCCUUGAUCCAAUGGUUUCUUCAUUUGCAACAAGUCUUAGUUCUGAGAACCCUCUGUUACGAAAAGAUUUAUUAAGUUGGCUCUCAGAUCGUCUCAAAGAUGCGGAUGAAAAGAAAACUUUACCAGAUUUGCAGCCAUUAGUUCCACCCAUAUUAUCAUGUUUACAAGAUCGCAAUGGGGAUGUAAGGAAAGCUGCGCAAUCAUGUUUGGGUCCUAUCGUUAAAAGUGCUGGUUACGAUUAUGUGGUAACGAAAUGUGGAGAUCUUAAAGGAGCUGUAAAACAAACUAUAAUGCCAAUGAUUGAAGCAGUUCGACCAGCACAUGGAACUGGUCCACUUCCAAGAGGGAAAGAUGCUAAAAAGAUGGGUGCAAAAUCAAGGCUUGCUUUGCCAUCGGGUUCAAAAGAUAGCAAAAAUAGUGAAACUGAUGCUUCUGAUGAUGUGGACGAUGAUGAUACACCAAAAUUACCACCUGGAUUAAAACUCAAACCACCAUCUUCGCUAUCUGCUAAUAAUGGUCCACCACCGUCGUCAUUAAUUGCACCAAAUCCACCAUCAUCAUUAAUCGCACCAAACCCACCAUCAUCAUUAAUUGCACCGAACAAACUUCCAUCACCAGCUCAGAGGGGAGGAUUACCUCCAAGUGGAAUAGGUAGAGGUUUACCUGCACCUUCUCGUCUCCAAUUUUCAAAAUUCCGUCAGGGACAGAAUGGACAAGCUUCAUCACAUACCGAUAGUUCUGAUGAACCUGACCAAAAGAAAGAAUCUAUGAGUAUGGACAUUGACAAAGUCGAAUAUUCGGCAACAACUAAUUCUGAGAAUUCAACUGUAGUAAAUUCUUCUGGAAUACCACCACCAACUAGGCAGCGUACUACUGGAAACGUAUUCUUGGUAGAAGUGGCCAUAUCUAAAAUUAUGAGCUUUGAACAUCAACAAAGUAUAGAGGCAUUGAAAGAGUUGGAUAAACAUUUGAACAAUUCUCCUGAAUCAAUUAUUCCAUAUGUUGAUGAGCUUGUUAAUGCUCUAACUAUUCAAGUACGAAUGUCAUAUACGCAACUUGAUCCACAAUCACAAACUCUUGUUCGACUAUGCAAACAUUUAGUGAAUGCCUUAGUUUUGUUGUUCUCCAAUAAAAAUUUAGCAUUAGCAGUUUCACAAGAAUCACUUGAGCGAUUACUAUCCGAACUUGCUCAUCGUUUGCUGGAUUUAAAUCUCCAAGUAUUAGAAGCAGGCCAACAAUUAUCAAAAGCCUUAAAUGUUUCAAUGGUGAAAGUGCUCGAAAAUAGUAAUCAAAAAUCAUCAGCAAACUUGCGAGAAGUAGAUACUGCUGCAGUCACAACUCAUACUAAGUUCACAGAACUGAUAAUGAAAUGUUUAUGGAAGUUAGCAAGAUCUGUACAAGAAAACCUAAAGUCCGAAAUCCUUUUACCCAAUAAAUUGUUGAGGGAUCUCAAUAACUUUUUCCUUGCUAUACCACCAGCUGAAUGGAAAAGACGAGCUUCAGAAAAAGUCCCAUUAGGCGAAAUGCCUCUUCGUACCGUGAAAACUUUACUGGUUGAAUUAGUAACGGGUCUCGGCGAGAAAGUAUUUGAUCAUCUAGAUCUCAUCGAAGAUCCUCAGCGUAGCUAUAUGGCUUUUGAUAAUUCACCGAGUCGUCCAUCAUCAAUUGGCUCUGGAAAGUCUGCUGGGAAUGAAACUACCCUUUCAAAUUUCGCAAGAAGCUCACCGGUACCUGAAGUUCCUGGACAAAUUAAUGAGACUCAAUAUAAUAGUUCUGAACCAGCCAGCCCAGCCUCCCCCAUGACACCACGAUUUCCCACACCAACUAACAACAACCGUUCUUCAGGGUCACAUGAAGUAGAAAUGAAUUCACGAUUGACACAAAUUUUCCUUAAAAUUGGAACGCGAGAAGAAACAAAACAGGGUAUCUACGAAUUAUAUGAAUUUCAAAAACAACAUCCCGAAAUGGAGAGUAAAGUUACGUCACAUUUAUCCAAAACGGGUCCAUAUUUCCAAAGUUAUAUACGUCGUGGUCUUGCAAAUAUUGCUGCUGAAGAGGAAGAAAAGGAACGUGCUAACGUAAUUGCUGAAGUAAAAACUUUAUUUCCUCUGGGUGGAAAUUCUGCAGAAAAUGGCCAGACUGAAG